ACACACUAUAUAAACGAUCUAAGUGUGAACUUAUCUGCGUACGAAGUGUAUGGUGAUUGACUCUCUUGAACAGAAUUAUAGAAAAUUAUAAACACGUAACAAAGAUUUCAUAGAUUUACAUUUCAAAAAUAAUAAAUUUGUUAUAAUAGAUGGCUACACUCGAGGAUAAAUCUAUCUGGGAAGAUGGAGAGAACUCAUUGGGCGAGGAUGUAUUAAGAAUGUCUACUGAUGAAAUUGUAUCGCGUACACGGUUGUUGGACAAUGAAAUAAAAAUUAUGAAGAGUGAGGUAAUGCGCAUUUCCCAUGAACUUCAGGCACAAAACGACAAGAUCAAAGAGAAUACAGAAAAGAUUAAAGUAAAUAAAACUUUACCUUAUCUAGUAUCUAAUGUCAUAGAGUUAUUAGACGUCGAUCCCCAAGAUAUGGGAGAAGAGGACGGCGCGGUUGUUGAUUUGGAUGCUCAAAGAAAAGGCAAAUGUGCGGUUAUUAAAACAUCCACUCGUCAAACAUACUUUUUACCUGUAAUUGGGUUGGUCGAUGCAGAAGCAUUAAAGCCAGGUGACUUGGUAGGCGUUAAUAAAGACAGCUACCUUGUUCUUGAAACAUUGCCUGCUGAAUAUGACGCGAGAGUCAAAGCUAUGGAAGUUGAUGAAAGACCUACAGAGCAAUAUUCAGACAUUGGUGGCUUGGACAAACAAAUUCAAGAAUUAAUAGAAGCCGUUGUCUUACCCAUGACGCAUAAAGAGAAAUUUGAAAACCUUGGUAUUCAGCCUCCUAAAGGUGUACUUUUGUAUGGGCCGCCUGGAACUGGUAAAACUUUACUGGCAAGAGCUUGUGCUGCGCAGACAAAAUCCACUUUCUUGAAGCUGGCAGGUCCCCAACUCGUUCAAAUGUUUAUCGGAGAUGGUGCAAAGUUGGUAAGAGAUGCGUUUUCACUCGCAAGGGAAAAGGCACCAGCAAUUAUUUUCAUCGAUGAAUUGGAUGCAAUCGGUACAAAAAGAUUCGACUCUGAGAAAGCUGGUGACAGAGAAGUACAACGUACUAUGUUGGAACUAUUGAAUCAAUUGGAUGGAUUCAGUUCAACUGCUGAUAUUAAAGUAAUAGCAGCCACAAACCGAGUCGAUAUACUAGAUCCUGCAUUAUUGAGAUCCGGUCGUUUGGAUAGAAAAAUCGAAUUCCCGCACCCUAACGAAGAAGCCAGGGCGCGUAUAAUGCAGAUUCACUCGCGAAAAAUGAACAUGUCUCCAGACGUUAACUUUGACGAAUUGUCAAGAUCUACCGAUGAUUUCAACGGCGCACAAUGUAAAGCUGUGUGCGUAGAAGCGGGUAUGAUAGCGUUGAGGCGUAACGCGACUGCAGUUACACACGAGGAUUUAAUGGAGGCUAUUAAUGAGGUUCAAGCAAAGAAGAAAGCUAAUCUCAAUUAUUAUGCCUAAUAUGCUUCAUUUGAUGGUUUAUGUAAUAAGAUACUUUCUCGAUUUAAUAAAAACAGAUUAUAUAAUUAUAAAAAAAAUUUUAAUAGGGAGCACAGUAGUGCCCACAUACAUGUAUGUAAUAACUAAUUCAACAUGUGCAUAUUAAAUCACAUGACAAAAAAAAUUUUUACAGCCUUUAAUUCGUGAAUCUAAAGAGAUCUUAAAAUGCAAAUGGAAGAACAAUUUUUUACUUAACAGAGAAUAUUUUUUAUUACCUUAUAUAUUUGCCUUCAAUUCUACAUAUUUCAUUCAAUACUGACAGUUUA